UAAGAAGUCGUAAUACGGAAGGAAAUCCAUAGCAACUUUUAAUAGUAAAAAUUAAUUGUUUAAGCUUUUUUUGGGGUGAGUCAUUUUAUUUUUACUGCUCUGCACAAUUGGCGAGUUCAUCAUACAAAAUGAUCGUACUUUGUUUUUAAAAAUAUUACAAAUAAGACGUUUUUAACUGCGAAAAGUAGAUAUCAUACAAAAAUGUCUGGAGAAGCCUCACCUAUGCAAAUGCUCAAAGAUUCGACAGUUAAUAAUGCAUCUUCUGCAAGCAGUAGUGGCACUCCUUCGUCUGAUAGUCUGGCGGAUUUAUACUCACAAACAGAUUUUUAUAUUGGAGUAGGUCUAGCAAUAAGUUCUUGCUUUUUUAUCGGAUCAAGUUUUAUAAUAAAGAAAAAAGCACUUCUACGCCUUAACGUACAUGGUGAAUUGCGUGCCGGUGCUGGUGGGUUUGGUUACUUAAGAGAAUGGAUAUGGUGGGCUGGCCUUUUAACAAUGGGUUUGGGCGAAGCUGCUAAUUUUGCUGCUUAUGCAUUUGCGCCAGCUUCUCUUGUAACGCCACUUGGAGCACUUAGUGUUAUUAUAUCUGCAGUUAUGGCUUCGAAAUUCUUAAACGAAAAGCUUAAUUUACUUGGAAAACUUGGUUGCUUUCUUUGCAUAUUGGGCUCAACAAUUAUUGUUAUACACUCACCGAAAGAAAAGGAAAUCGAGGAUUUGCAAGUUUUAUUCGAAAAACUACAAGAUCCGGGUUUUAUAUUAUAUGUAAUAAUUAUACUUGGUUCGAGUAUAUUUGUUGCAUGUUUUAUAGCUCCGAGACAUGGUCAUAGUAAUGUAGUUGUUUAUAUAUUUUUAUGUUCCGGAAUUGGUUCGCUUACUGUAAUGUCUUGUAAAGCUUUGGGUUUGGCAAUACGCGAUACAAUAUCUGGUAAUAAUGAGUUUGCCACUUGGAUGCCAUGGUUUCUGAUUAUAGUUACAGUUACUUUUAUUGCCAUUCAAAUGAAUUACUUAAAUAAAGCGUUGGACAUUUUCAAUACGGGAAUUGUGACGCCAGUUUACUACGUAAUAUUUACUACAUUAGUCAUAACAGCAUCUGCGAUACUUUUCAAAGAGUUCACACAUAUGAAAUUUGAGAAUAUAUUGGGUGAUAUAUGCGGUUUCCUAACUGUAAUAACGGCUGUAUUUAUGUUGAAUGCUUUCAAGGAUGUUGAUGUAUCACUAAGUGAUGUACGCGGUAUUAUGCGACCUAAAAUGCAAAAAGUUGCACAAUUCGAUGAGGAAGUGCUUUUCAGCAACAACGAUAAGGAAAGAAAAUAUUCCUAUGGAUCUGGUGAUAUGUUUAGAAAAGCAUGACGAAAGUAUCGUUACCAAGUUUAAGAAAAUUAUUUAUUUUAUUUAUAUUUUGUGUCUUAAUUUCGUCCACUUUUAAUCAUAAUUUGGUUUGAAAUGUAUUAGUCAAAAAUGAAUUCAUUAUAGUGUGAUACGAAUUGAAGAGCAAUAAUAAUUUGGAUCACAAAACUGAUUCCAUUGUUUAGUUAUAUAGGAAUAUAUACACAUGUAUUUGUAGUUUAAGCCUUAAUAUAAUUAGAUUUAUAAUUGUAUGUCUCGUGUACAAAAUAAACAAAAAAA